GCAAGGAGGUGUGUGACAUUUGUUGGCAGAAGCUAGGCGUUAAACCUCUAGCGGAUGAAAGAGAGGAAUUAGUGUGUAUUUAUAUGGUUUUCCCCGAUAACAGCUAAACUAACACUUACACUCGCUUUUUUAUCCGCCUACGUUAGACACUUUUUAAUACGGCGUUUUGAUUCUAAACUUGUCUUCCUAUGCAGCACUUUGUAGAGUCGGCUAACGGUUACGACUAACUUGUACAGUAGACUCGAUCCAACUCUGAUGCGUCUGGUUUGUUUUAUAACGUAAAACAUAAAGGUUUAGUUACUUUAUACAAUUUUAUAUGCUACUACAGAUGAAUAGUCCAAGAUAGCAAGGCUGAGUGUGUCAUGUACACAAGGUUAAAACUAGCUUUAGCCAGCUCCUCUCUUGUCAUCGUGCUGCAGCGGUUUACUGUCUAAUGCUGAUUGCUGCGAUCAAGUGUGCUUUAAGAAGCAGGCGAGAGAGAGUUUGGCACUGUACAGGAAAACAAGCUGGGAUUCUUUUUUGCAUUUUUAUUUUUGUUAAGUGUUAAGUGAGGUGACAACAUGCUGCUCUCCCUGGUUGUGCACACUUACUCCAUGCGGUACUGGUUCCCAGCCACCAUCAUGCUGGGGUCAGCUCCAGCUUACCUUCUGUCGUGGGGGACUUGGCGCCUCCUCGCCUCUUUUUUACCGGCCAGAUUGUAUCACAAGUUAGACGACCGACUGUACUGUAUCUACCAGAGCAUGGUCCUUUUUUUCUUUGAGAACUACACAGGAGUGGAGAUCAUCAUAUAUGGAGAUAUACCAAAAAACAAAGAAAAUGUCAUCUACCUGUCCAAUCAUCAAUGUACAGUGGACUGGAUCAUCGCUGACAUGCUGGCCAUAAGGCAGAGCGCCCUCGGCCAUGUCAGAUAUGUUCUGAAAGACGGGCUUAAGUGGCUCCCGCUGUACGGAUGGUAUUUCUCUCAGCACGGAGGGAUCUAUGUGAAACGAAGUGCCAACUUUAACAAGCAGGCUAUGAGCAAGAAGCUUGUCUCUCAGAAUCAGUCAGGAGCACCAAUGUACCUCGUCAUCUUCCCGGAAGGAACACGGUAUAAUCCCGAACUUAAGAAUGUUAUCAGUGACAGUCAGGCCUUUGCUGCUAAAGAAGGACUUGCCGUUCUGAGACACACAUUAACACCCAGAAUGAAGGCGUCUCACAUCGCACUCGAGACCAUGAGGGGCCACUUGGAUGCCGUGUAUGACGUGACAGUGGCCUACGAGGGAACGCUGGGAAUUGACGGUCGAAGAAAACCAGCACCUUCAAUGCCGGAAUUCCUGUGCAAAGAAUGUCCGAGAAUCCACAUCCACUUCGAACGCGUGGAUGUCAAGGAAAUUCCUCCCGAGCCGCUCUUCUUCCGCAGGUGGCUGCACGAGCGCUUUGAAAUCAAGGACCGGCUUCUGGCACACUUCUAUGAGCGUGACGAUGGAGACAAACUAUGCAGCUUCCCCGGGGAGGGCACACAUUCCCACCUCAGCCUCUCGAAAACCCUCCCGUCAGUGCUCAUCUUGGGGGGCCUGACGCUAACAUUGCUGCUGACCGAGAGCGGCAGGAAACUGUACUGGAGGACCUGGGUGUAUGGGACUCUAGUAGGAUGGCUGUGGGUCAAUGCGCUUCCUUGACCAGCGUGCGCACUGACGAUGGUGCCUUUCUUCUCUACUCCAACACAAGAGGUGUUCCACGAGCAGUGAUGAGGUUCUAUGAGGAACCGAUGCAAAGAAAUGUUUAACACUGCUUUCUUGGUAGUAUGCAGCCAGAAGGGUUGAGAAACAUGUGGCUUGGUAAUACAAAAUGAAACAAAAACAGAUUAGCUAAAAAAAUAAAUAAAAAUAGUCCUCUCUUCCCCUUCCAUUACUCUCCUACCGAACCUUGCAUGCUCCACAUUCUUCCAUUUUAGCCAAUUCUCAGCUCCUGACAUGGUAUUUAUCUUUUUAAAAAACAAAGGUCUGACAUAGUCUACCAACUGUGAAGUGCAUUAUUUGGCUAUUAUUUAUGCAAGGUUGCUCAUAAUGCCGUUAACUGGCUCCUUGCGACAUGUCGACCAUGUUGUCAGUGCAUUCAGGUGGCUUUAUCGGAGGACGGUCAGACUUUGACAUGACUGCAGCAUCAUCAAUGCCUCCAGAAGGGCUUCUUCAUCCACCAGCUGUACUCUUCAAACAUUGAACAUGAAUGUAGCCAUUUCAAGUAUAAUAUGCAUAUAAUGAUCUUUUAUGACUUGAAGAUGCGUGUCACCACCUUAAUUGUCCCCCUAAAAACAAGCGUCAAUUGCCAAAACUCGUCGUCUUUGCCGUGUUGUUCAAUCAGUGUUUUAUGUUGAGCAAUAAUUAAUCAAAGCCAGCCCCGUGAAUUCAUAUUUGAUUUUUUUUUACAAUAGUCUCAACCUGCUUUGUUGAUGUACAAAUAUCUACCUUGCUUUAAAGCAAAAAAAGCUUACAAAGCCAUGCAAAGCCAAAAGCCAUGUGUAUUAUAUGUGCAUCUCUGUAUUGUGACUUGCCAUUGCUGUAUCGUAUCCCACUUUCCACAUGUCACUUUACACAUUUGUAGUCUAUUUUAAAGGUAAAUCAUGUUUUUAUACCUCGUCCAUCGGUUCACGCCCCUCCCUUAUCCCGAUGUGUCACAUAUUUUAUAAUAACUGCUAUCCAACUGAAGUUCAUCAGGAACUUUCUUUUUAUGUAGACGGCAUUUACAUUUUUGAAAAACUUUCUGCAAACUUGUGCCUUCUCUUUGGCCCAGAGGAACUCAGACUUGUGUGUGUGUGUGCGUGUGUGUGUGUGUGUGCGCGUGCACAUUAUUGUCCACGCUCGGUGGCGGCUUAUGCUCUGAAAUUGUUUCAAUUGACAGUUUUUGACCAAUUUGAUGUGUUGUGGGUAUGGGAAUGUGAGUGAAAUAAAGUGUUUUUCUUGGGAGAGAGUCAUA